CUGAAACUGUACCGAUAAACAACAUUUUACAUUGAGCCAAUUGAAAUAACGCUUACAAAACUUAGAGCGCCUAAAUCAAGCGUAUUUUGUUCUGCACGAAAUGGCAAAGUCAAGUGCAAAGCCUCGCACAAAUUUAACAGAAGAAGAACUUUAUGAGAUAGAAAAACAAGAGUUUGAAACUGGUCCUCUUUCUGUGCUUACAAAUGCAGUUAAGAACAACACACAGGUCUUAAUCAAUUGUCGAAAUAAUAAAAAACUCUUAGCUCGAGUCAAAGCAUUCGAUAGGCAUUGUAAUAUGGUAUUAGAAAAUGUCAAAGAAAUGUGGACUGAAGUGCCUCGACCAGGCAAAGGUAAAAAGAAAUCGAAACCGGUGAACAAGGAUAGAUUUAUCAGCAAAUUAUUCUUACGUGGUGAUUCGGUGAUUCUUGUAUUGCGCAACCCUUUGGCUACUGCUGCAGCUGCUUCUAGACCAUAAAAAAUAACCUUGUAUUCAUACCAUUAAUACUGACAUUGUGUUUUAUAAAUAAAUUAAAGUUUUGGGCUAAGUCGCCCCCUAUUUAUGU